AUGGAAGGUCAAGCAUCGAAGACAGUGCCCUGUUACGACGACAGCCCUCCACAAUACGACUUAUCCCAGCUUAGCCAUGAUGUACUCACCUCUGUCAUUGAGAACGAGCAUACCUGCCGGUCAUUAAUCCGACGGAUAGAUGACAUAAGGACAGGAAUUCUGGAUAUUAUAGAGAACGAGAUCAAAAAAAUAGAGGCUGGAAAGGAUUACAUUCAGAUGGAGGAGUUUCAUCUAAAGAUGGGCCGAGUCUGUGCAGAGGCUUCGCAUCUCUAUUUUGAGCUAGCAAAUGCUUACAAAGAGCGUACCUUCCAAGACACCGAUAUCGAUGCCGCCAUAUCAAAACUCUCUGACAGUGAGCUUGACCGGGCCUAUGCUUCUGCAAAGCGGGACCCAAGCCGGCAGAUGCAACAUGAGGUGCUGCCUAAGGAGCAUGAGCGCGGUGGUGAAUGCCAAGACAGAGAUUCCAGACACAAUUCCCAUCACUUUUCGACCAUGAAGCAUAGAGAACAAUUCAGCGAGUGUACGUCCAACUCUCCGUGCUCUUGUGACCGGUUCUUCGACCUCUCGGCAAAGGUGGAUAAACUUAAUGAAAAACUCAGCGAAAAUAUCCCAUUCCCUAAGCCGGCAAAAAUCUCCAAGGUAACAGAUGCUGCUGCUGCAAAACCACCCAGGAGCUUUUGGAAGAGAAUCUUGAAGCUUUGA